AUGAAGAGUCUCUACUCGUUCACACAGUCACACUCACCGGCGUCUCGUUGCUCCUCUCCUAUCGUCGCCAGCAUUUCAACGUCUCGCGGCCUUCCCUGGGCUCCUCCUCGUCGGCGACAGAAGCACUCGUCGGAUCGUCGUCGCUCGUCGUCUUCUGGUUUAAGUACUCGCCGUCGCGAGUCGCCGUGGAUCGUGGACAGUCGUAGGGUCGUCACUUGCUUCGUUGCUCGUCCUCUUCUGGGGUCGGGUCCUCUUCGUCACCCAGUCGCCCUUGGCUUGCUCAAACACCUCCUAUUAUGUUUUCUAUGCACUACUUGUCGCUUUGAGAUAGUUAAUGGUGUCACUGAAGUUGAAGGAAUAGCAGAGAAGAAAACUGCAGGUGCUGAAGAGGACGAAGAAAAAGGAGUACCUGCUUUUUGGCUCAAUGCAAUGAAAAACAAUGAAGUGUUAGCUGACGAGAUUUCAGAGCAUGAUGAAGGUGCUCUCAAGUUUCUCAAAGAUAUCAAGUGGAGCAGGAUAGACAACCCAAAAGGAUUCAAGUUUGAGUUUUAUUUCGCUACUAAUCCUUAUUUCACAAAUACUAUUUUGACAAAAACAUAUCACAUGAUUGAUGAGGAUGAGCCAAUAUUGAAAAAAGCAAUUGGGUGAAGACCCCUUCAAUGGAAAUAAUCAAAUCCAUCUCAGGCAUCAAGGUUCAAGUCUGUGAAAGAAACCACCAACCCGUUGAUGAGGUCAUGGUGGCAGUGACUUUGGUGGAGCUGUCGGUUGAUGGUUCUAUUAUGGGUAAUGUUGAAAUUAAGCUUCCUGAACAAGGAGUAGGAGGCCUUGGUUCUAUUAUGGGAGAGGAACAAUAACUAUGACCUGGCUUUACUUACAUUUUAUUAUUGUUAAGACAUUGACCAAUUUGCAUUCGA